CGGCCUCGGUGCGGGGACCCAUACAUGGCCUUUCGUACCUAGUAUAGCAACUCGGUACAGUUGCAAGGCCUGUUUGCUUGUCUCAGUUCUAAUGGCGGUUUGAAGCUGAUCAACACCAAUAUGGAUAAACACAGCGGCGAUGGGACUUACAGAAUCCAAACGCGACAUGGUGACACAAGACGUCUACAGCUAGCUCUAGCUGGCACUGUUUGCCUGUUUGUGUGUUCCCUCCUUAUGAACGUUCUUGUCUACGUUCGUUUGACGGCGGCCAUUACAGACCUGUCGCGCAGACUCGAAGAGGUGGAAGGCAGGCAGGAUUCACAUCGAUCUUCUGUCUAUCCUGAUAGGCUAGCCUCUAACGCUCCGGAUGUCGUGACCGCUAAAGGGCAAGGCAGUAUGCAAGGCACCGCUGACAAUCAGUCUCUGACUCAUUUCGCACUGCGGUCUCGGCAAAGUGGACCAAUGAGAAAGAGGAGUGCGCGCACGAUAUGUCACUCUAACGAGUACGAGUGUCAGAAUGGCGACUGCAUUUACUCCCGCUGGCAGUGCGAUGGCGAUAACGACUGUACAGACGACUCCGACGAAUAUCCUUUAAACGAAAAGUGCAUCCCACUCUACAGUACCUACAGGUGUAGGAAUGGCAAAGCAAUUCCCUCAAAAUUUCAGUGCGAUGGUGGUAACGACUGCCGGGACGGUUCGGACGAAUAUCCUUUGAAUGAAGAGUGCCAUCCGGCCUAUUGGUGUAAAAAUGGCAGACAAAUUCCCUCAAACUGGCAGUGCGAUGGCGAUGACGACUGCCAUGACAGCUCGGACGAAUAUCCUUUGAAUGAAGAGUGCCAUUUGUGUAAAAAUGGCAGAGAAAUUCCCUCAAAGUGGCAGUGCGAUGGCGAUAACGACUGCCAUGACGGCUCGGACGAAUAUCCCUUGAAUGAGGAAUGUAAUCCUUGUGAAACCCACCAGUGCCAGAACAACGCCACCUGCAAGGCCACAGAAGAUGGCUACACCUGUAUUUGUACCGAAGGCUGGUGUGGAGAGUAUUGCCAACACAAAAUAGAUCCUUGUGAAACUCACCAGUGCCAGAACAACGCCACCUGUCACACUACAGAAGAUGGAUACAUCUGCAAUUGUACCGAUGACUGGCGUGGAGAGUAUUGCCAACACAAAAUAGACCCUUGUGAAUCACACCAGUGCCAGAACAGCGCCACCUGCCGCGCUAAUAAAGAUGGCUAUAAAUGUAGUUGUACAAAAGGUUGGAGGGGAAAGUAUUGCCAAAGAAAGCGUGUGCGACAAGAACAACGGGGGAUGCGUCAGGAGAGAAACUAUGGACUGGGCACAUUGCUGUCGGUGCACAUUCAAGCCAGAACGGACACAACGGAAUCGGCCGGAGCUAUACCAGUAACCGGUAACUUUACCCAGUGGGAGGACAUCACAGAGACAAGGUUCGGGCUGCAGAAUGGACAGCUGGAGAUUAAAGAGUCGGGAAAGUACUUCAUUUAUGGCCAGGUUUUCUUCGACAAAGAUGAGAAAGAUGAAAAGGCCAGAUAUUCCAUCAAAAAGGGAGGAGAAGUGAAGCUGACCUGUGAGGCACCCCUGAUCGGGUUCCCGCCCCAUCUAACGUGUUACACCGCCGGUGUGCUAGACUUACAGCGUGGGGACAUACUGGUCCUUUACGUGUACGGUAAAGACAGCUGGAUCAUCACAGCCGAAGACGCCACGUUUUGGGGCGCUAUCAAGCUGUCCAUUGGUCUGCCAAAAGAGGAUAGGCCACGAAAGAGAGGACCUAAGAAAGGGAAAAGCUGAAAUAUUGAUCCAAUGGGUUGACAAAGUCUGUGCUUAUGAUUUCAAAUAACCCGAGAUCUGGAGUAUAACACUGAUGGAAACAUUGGGAUGAAACGCAACAGCAAACUUAACACCAGACAGGGAUGUGACCAUUCAUGUAAUUUUCUGGAACAUGAUUAAGAUGCAUUUACUCAAGCUGUUCAUUGGUUUUCCGAAAGAGGAAAGGCCAGGAAAGAGAGGAAAAGCUAAUUUAAAAGUAUUCAUCCAAUAGCUUGACAACGUUUGUGCUUAUGAUUACAAAUAAGCCGAGACCUGAAGUAAUAUUAAAGGAAAAGUUGGAAAAAAACUUCAGGCAAGCUUAACAGAUAGGGAUGUGAUAAUAUGAUAUCAAUCACCUAAUUCCCUGAUUAAGAUACCAUGUUUUCCCAUAGUACAAGUGAUAUUUUUCAGAUAUUACUACUUGUCUGAAAUGUAUUGUCUUAGUCAGCUGCAUAUAUAACUAGUGGAUGGUCUGUAUACUGAUCCCUGACUAAAAUCAACCGAGAAAAACGUGCACAAUAUACUUGACAAUGUUUUCCUUUCAUGAUGGAUAACUGUAUGUUUUGUGGGUACAUUGAAAGGUCAUUCUGUUUCUUCGGUAACCAUAAUAUUUUGUAUUUUGAAUGUGGGUGAAGAUUUGAAAAAAAAAACUUUCUUGUAACAUAACUUAACAAGAUUUAAGAAUAUUUUCACUCUGUAAUCCAUAUGUAAAUAGAGCGCAAUUUUUUUUGUUUACUAUGUAGUAUUGUGUAGUACUAUGUAGUAUUUUGUGUCUACAUUGUUUUGAAAGGAUAUUAGUUACCGUGUUUCAGUUGAAUCGUCAUAAGUUAUACCCAAUAAGGUCCCAAUAUGCAAUGUUUACAGCACUCAUUGUUUAUCGACCUCUCGUUUGAUAUAGAGGAGAAAAGUCCCAUACCUUUAUGUGUGACAAAUAAACUGGUUAUUUUAUUCAA